AUGUAUAUUAUUUUUUUAACUCUAUUAACUUUGUAUUUUAAGUUGAGUUAUGAAAUUACAACCAAUGACUCUCCAAAAGAUGAAAAUUGCAUUACAUAUGAGAAAGGAAUAUGCUAAAGAUGCAAAUAAGGAUACUUUUUGUUUUAAUUGCCAGAAGAUCAUAUCGAUUUAAAUCUAAAAGCAGGUGCAAAUUUUUGCGUAGAAUGGUAUAAUUGAUUGAAAAUAGAAUAGUCCAUAUGAAAAAUUCAAUGAAGAAAAUAAUUACUAUUGUGGAGAUUGUUUGGACAAUAGUCAAAGAUGGUAAUUAUGAUAAGUAAGUUAGGGAUAAAUCUCGAAUUUGCAGUUAUGACUAUAAGACGAAAUCAACAACCUCUGAUUCUGCAUUUCACAAAAUUGAAAGACCUACUAUGCAAUUAUUUUAUGUAAUAAAGAGCGGACCUUUCAAUGUAAAUUGAAUAAGUUAAUGAUUAGUUUGUUACAUCAAGUUGUGAUGGAUGUGAGCACUUUUGUAAAUCUUAAAAUUCAACAUGUUUUCCGGUGUCAAAACAAUAUUCUUAUGAUUUGAAUAAUUUGUACAUCAGUUGUGCAGAGGAGUAUUAAUAUAGCGAUGCAAUUGGAGGAUGCGAUUCUUGCCCUGAUAAUUGUAAGUCUUGUUUAAUAGUUACAAACAUCAAAACGGAUGCAGGAAAGACAGUUAUAGAAACUAAAAAAGAUUGUUUGAUUUGUAAUAAAGGAUUUAGUAUGUUAACCACUCGAAAUGCAAUUGAUUAAAAAGAAACCACUAGUACAUGUGUAGCAUGCUUUUCGGGUUGUGAAACUUGUUAUUUUGGUUUUAAUUAAAUGAAUCUUAAUACAAAAUCUUGGGAUAGCUUUAAUAAUAAACCUGAGCUGCUAACAAGAAGAUUAGAGGCAAAUGAAACCUAAUUUUUUGAAGACUUGUUUAAAUUGACAAGGAUAGCAUAAAGAUGUGAGGACUGUACAAGUACUGCUUAGAGUACUUCUAUUCCAUCUUUGAAUAGAAAGACUUGUGUAAGAUGUGGCACAAAUUGCAAGCGAUGCGAGUACAUGAAUAACUUAGAUUUGUAUCUUAUAUUUUUAAACUUGUAGCCCAACAAGAGAUAAAGAGAAAGUUGUUGAGCCUGAAAAUUCAGAAGCAACAGAAUCAGAUAUCGAAGCUAUUGAAAUUCAAUAUUUGUUGAAGUGUCGAUAAUGUUAAAAAUUUAGCUAAUCAUUUUAAAUUGAUGGAGUUGGAUGCGCUGAUUGUUCAAUUGCAAAUUGUAAAUUGUGCACCUUUUUUGAUUAAAAUGGUAUUGCGACUAUCAAUCCUAUUUUUAAAUUCCCAACAAAGAGUAUUUAUAAUAAGUUUAAUAAUAGGUGACUCUUAGUUGAAGUGUGCGUUAUGUGAGGACAAAUUUUUCUUGUCUGAAGAUAAUAGUUUAUGUACUUAAAUUGAUUAAUCAAGUAAGCCUGAUGUGGCUUGUUUGACCUAUCAAAAAGUUUCAUCUACUACAUAAAAGUGUUUGUAAUGUAAUAUUGGGUACAAGCUUUACUUUAAUUCAAAUUCAAAUACAUGGGAAUGCACCUCCGAUCUAUCAGGCAUAAAUGAUUACUUAUGCUAAUCAUUUAUCUAAAUUCAAAAAGAUACAAAAAUAACUAUUCGUUGUUAAAGAUGCAUUGAUGGCUACUAUGUUGAUAUGGAAAAUGGAGAUUGUAAACCUUGUUCAUAGAAUGGAAAGUGUAAGACUUGUUAUACUAUUUCCAAAAUAUCUAUUCAAUACCCUUAAUACUUUGAGUAUGAAUUUGAUGGAGAACAUGAAAUCAUAGGUCCGAUUUGCGAGGAUUGUUUCUCUCUAGACUCAACGAGGGGACCUUAUAAAAAUGAAGAUCUUGGAUAAUGUGAGAUGGGAGGAGAUUAUUGUAAAACCUUUUAACCAGUAGGAUAGAAGGGCUAUUGUGAUUAAUGUAAUUUUAAUGAUAAUGAAAUAUCACGUAGUGCUUCUAGUGAUGGUUAAGAUUGCAUUAAGUGUCCAGAAAACACUAUUGGUUGUAGACAAAGAACUGAAGAAGAAAAGGCUUUUAGUAAUCCAUUUUAUGAUCCCAUCCUAAAGGAUUAUGAAAAAUAUUCAACAAUAUCAUUCAAAUGUAAAAAUGAUAAUACCAUUUUAUUUGAUACUAAAACUGGCAGAUGCAUUGAAAUAAAUACUUUAUGUUCUUCAUCGGCGGGUAUAUGCGAUUCCGAUGAGAUCAAAAUAUAGGUUGAUUGCUCAUAAUAAUAGAAUGUAAAUUUAAAUGUAUUGAAUAUUAACUCCUUAUUUAAUAAUAUAACAUCCAAAACUGCAGACUUUGUUUUGGAAGAUUAAUUAAAAGAUGCAAAGAAUUUGAAAUUUAAUGAUUGGAAUAUGUAGGCCAUUAGAAAAAUAACAAUUAUACUGGAAUUUUAAUAUGGCAAAGAUAGCUCUACUUGCGAGUUCAAGAAAGACACUUAUUUUACCACCAAUAUCAAAAAAAAUAUUUUCUCUGUUUAGGAAGUAGAACUUUAAAUCAAAACCACUUCCUCAUAGGAAAAUGAAAGGAUAAAAUGGUACAUCCAAAAGUCAAUAUAUUUUGUUUAUUUUACAACUGUCUCUUUAAAUGGAAUAGAAAUAUAUCAAGCAUCUGAUCUACCCAAGUCCUCAAGCGAUUAAUACAGGCCUGAAGAACCUUUCGGAUUAUAAUUUCUAAACAACACCGGAUCGAAGUUCUAUCUAGAGAAUGUAAAAAUUGGAAAUAUACUUGCUGAAGAUCAUUAUAAAUAGUUGGAUUAUUACACUACACCUUAUAGCGAAUAGUCAAUUGCUUUGAAGAAGUAAAAGCCGUUCUUUACAUCACUUUUGAAUACGUAUGAAAUUAAUUUCAAAAAUGUUGUUAUUCAAUCUCAAAGCUAUUUACUUAGUGAAGAUAUUUCAUUUCAAGCAAAGCCAUUUGGCUUCGUUUACGAUUCUAACGUAAUAUUGCCAUAUUUAAUAAUUAACUUAAAAAACGUUACUUUUUCUGAUAUUGCUGUUGAAAGCCAAGCACUUUUUGAGAUAUAGCCUUCUAAUUUUUCUACUUAACCCUUAUGGAAUAACAAAAUUUUGCUAGAACUAGUUCAAUUUGUAGAUUGUUACUUCGUCAAUGAUGGUGCAUUUCUUAGUACAAAUACCUUUAAUUAACCUAUGGGUAUCAUCAAUAUUCAUUCAUUAAUUCUGAGAAAAACUGAAUACAAUAAUUCAAGAGGAAUUGUUGAUUUCUCUACAAUGUAAUAGAUCAAAGUGUUUAAUUUUUAGAUGUAUGAUUCUAAGGUUAAUUCUACUGCUUUAUUCCAUAUAACAACUAUUGAAUUAAGUGCAGUCUACUUGCAUAAGACCUUAUUCAAUAAUUCAGGUAGAUUGAUAUAAACUUAAUAUGAACUUAAAACCAUUAAGUUGAAUGACCCUGAUUUUUCAGGUUUAAAGAUGCAAUUUACCAAUCUAGAAUUUGAUUAAGUAAUUUGUCUAACUCCUGCAUGUCUAUUUCUAAUUACAGAAAUUCAAAAUGAAUACGAUAUACCUAUAAAUAUUACAAUGAAAGGAUUGAUUAUUAAAGAGAUUAAUACUUCAGGGUUUGAUUAAACAAUCUUGGAAGCAGCAACAAGCGCUGCAGUAAGAGUUGAGAAGAGUAAUACACUAAUGGUCUCAGAUUUUAAGAGCGUCCAAAAUGCAGAUUUAACAAUCUUUUAUGUUGAGCAAGUUUGGACGACUAAGUUUAUCAACCUUAAUUGUAUUUAAAAAGAAGGAUUAACAAUUAGAAAUAAUUAUUGUCUAUUCAUAAACAAUCCUUACAAAGAAGUAUUAUUACUCAACAUAUAAUUACUAAAUCUGAUUGGAAUAGACAAUUCUUUUGUAGGAAUAUCUUCUUGGAGCAAUCUAGUUUAUAAUACUUCGACAGCUGAUUAUUAAGAAACCAUCACUAUUAAUGGGGCAUCAGUGACUUAAUGCACAAUUGUUACAACUGUUUUAGCUGUUCCUUCAUCUGCAAUUUUGAUAGAUUCCACUCAAAUGUAAGUUGUCAAAAUUAGUUUUAUGAAUUUCUUCAACAACCGUCAUUUGAUGGAAAUCGAUGGAUCAUUGAGACCAAGCAAUCCUACCUUCUUGAUGAGAAGUUUAGUUGGAACUUUGGUUUUGUCAGAUAGUACUUGGAAAUCCAACUCUGUUUAAGGUUUUGGAGCAGUCCUCUAUUUAGAAGUUGGAACCUAGAUCAUUACAAACAUUUAAAUGAACAAUAGUAACUUUGGUUAACUAGAAAAAUCUUCAGUUCCUUCUAUAAAUGAGAUAACAGAAGGAGGACAUAUAUAUAUAUCUGCUUUCAAUCUUAAUAUGAGUAAUUGCAGUUUUUCUAAUUCGACUUCUAAAUUGGGUGGUGCGAUGUUUUUAAGAACUUUGAAGGAAGGAAUAGCUACCUUAACGAAUGUUACAAUUAGAUAUGCCUAUACUCCCUUGAAUGGAGCAGUAUAAUCAAGUGGAGGAUGCUUAUAUAUUGAUUCAAUGGCAUCUUAGUUAGAUAUGAAGAUUUAGAGUUCAGAAUUUAGUGAUUGUUUUACAAGAGGAGAAGGAGGUGGGAUAUAUUUGAUCAGUUAUGAUAAACAUCAGCAAUUUACAGUUGAAGAUUCAGAACUUAAAAACUGUUAUGCUUUAAGUGGUUUGGCUAUUAAAACUGUGUUUUAUUCAAGAACCUAAACAGAAUAAAAGAUGAUACUUCAAUAAGUAAAGGUGUCUGGGAAUUAGUCAUCUUCAUUGUCUUACUUUUAAUAAUUAGGUUCUUUGUAACAAAUAGAAAUGUUUUUGUUUAUUAAGAGAAUUGCUGCUGUUGAAUAAGAUUAUGGUUCAAUUGAAAUCUUCAGGUGUGAAUCAGAAGGUCUAUAUUAUUAUGGAUUUAUUUCAAUAUGGCAAGCAAACUUUAUCAUUUUGAAUAAUAUCUAAUCUUAACAUGGUGUUCUAUCAUUCAGACCCUACAUUGAAAUAUUAGAACCAUAAACAAAUCCUAUAUCGAUUGAUACUGUAUAAUUCAGAAAUAUAUCAUCUAUUUCAAUAGCUGAUUUAAAUUGCUCCAGUAUUACUAACAAUGGAUUGUGUACGAUACUUCAAAUCAGAUUAGAAUUCUCAGAAUUUAGAAUCAAUCCAGCUUUGAUGUUAUUUGAUUUGAUUCAGGAGGCUACGCCCUUAAAAUUAUAAAAUGUUGCUAUCAUUAACGUAGUCUGUAAGGAAUGUCAUGGUGGUUUUGUACAAAUCAUGAGGGUCUCAAAUGCAAGACUAAUUCCUUUGGUUGAACUGAUCUCCUGUAGAUGUUCUAACUCAGAAUCAUCAUAUUACGGAUGCUUCGCUAUCUCUAGUGAUUAGUAUUUCAGAGAAUAGGUUCAAAUAGACUCAUUAAUUAACGUAACUUUAAACUCCAACUUAACAGCCUAUAAAAUUACUCAAUAUGCUAAUUUCAGUUAGUCUUCUAGAAGAAUUUUGAAAGAUGAAACAACUAACCAAACUCAAAAUAAUUAUAACUUUACUUAUGUUAUUCCUAACCCACCAUAUUUAUCAAAUGUAAUCGUAAAAUUACUAAAUAUCUAUGAUGUCAAGGCUGUUCAUGGUGGAGGUAUUUCUUUCUAUGGGUUAACUGUUAAUGCAUCCGAGACUUAUUGUACUUAAGCAGUAGUUACUGGCAGAGGAGGGUGCUUCUAUUUUGAAUCCUAUCCAAAAAAUGGAGGUCAAAUUUAACAACCAUUUAAUGUUGAGGACAGCUUCUUUUAUAAGAAUAAUGCAAGUAUUGGAGGGGCUAUUGCCGUGGUAGAGAGUGGAAUCAAUAAUUAUGAAUUGAUGAGUGUUUCUUUUCUAUAAUGUUAUGCCACAUUAUUUGGCAAUGAUGUUGCUCAAUAUCCUACUUAAUUGGGAAUUCGAGUUAAUAAUUAGAUAUAAAAAUAAGCUAAUAUAGAUUCUCGCACUGGCUGGGUAUUCUAUCCAAUUAAUAUAAGGAGUGGUCAAAAAAUGUCUGAAUUUGAAAAUUAAACUAUUGUGGUUGUAUUUCUAGAUAAAACUAAUCACUUUAUGGGAUAUUAAUUCAAUGAAUAAUGCAAAUUAUCAGCUCAAUAUGAUAAAUCCUUAGCAGAAAUAAUUGAACCUCUCUCAGGAAAUACUAAUAGAAAUUUCAUUUAAAAUAGCACAUAGGGAUUUGACUAUUCAGACCAGAUUAUUAAUUAUGACCCUUAUAAUAAUAUUACUUUAGAUGCAGUUUUUAAUAGUGAUCAUGUGAAUAUUCCUAUAUAUCAUAAUUAAUACCCUUAUUAGUGCAUCGGCUUUGAUACUCAGUAUACUUUACAAGUUAGAAUCAGAUCAGUGGAAUGUUAAAUAGGUGAAAAAUAUGAUAAUAUAAGUGGAACAUGUACUCCUUGUAGUGUUGGAACAUAUUCUUUGGUUUAUAAGGAUCCAGUAUGCUAAAUUAUUAAUUAUAAAACUAUGAACUAUACAUAUAUGAAUAGAAUUAAGGUCUAAGAAUAAUUCUGGAGACCAAAUUAUGAAACUGACAAAAUUGAAAAGUGUAUAAAUAAAGUCGAGAAUUGCAAAGGAGGAUUUUAUGUGGGAAAUGACAUGUGUCAAAAUGGACUAAUAGGAGCACUUUGUGAAGAGUGUGAUAUCUAUGCUAUAUUUUGGGAAGAAUCUUAUUACAAUUCUGCUAAAUUUGAAUGUAAAAAAUGCUCAGAAAGAUCAAAUAAUAAAGCGGUUAUAGUGAUUACCUGCCUCAUCAUAAUUUUAACCACUUCUCUUUCAGUAUAUGGACAUGGAAAAAGAAUACAAAACCUUUUUUGGAUAAAGAUUUUGAAAGCAAUCAAAUUGUAAUAUUUUGGAGACCGCUAGAAUGAAACGGCUGUUUUAAUUAAAAUAUUUAUGAAUUUCUUCUAAAUAAUUUCUCUCAUAGAAGGGUAGAGAUAAAUAAUAUCUCAAAGUAGCUUAGAUAUAAUCAAUGCAUUCGCUAUGCCAGCUUUCAUUUUUAAUAAUGCUUUGGAUUGUUUGUUAGUUGGAGUGAGUGAACCAGAUGUUAUUUAUAUAAGGCUAAUUUGGUCCUUGACUUUAACAAUGAUUUGUUCUAUAGGAACUAUCUUUAUUGUAAAUUAUUGGCUUUCAAAAGUAUACCUUCGAACAAUGUUUAUUUUUAUGUUUAUAUAUUUUUAGCCUGUUUAUUUGAUAGAAUUUUUAAACCUUAUUAUUAGGAGAGAUAUCUCUGAUGAUUCUUAUAUUUAAGCUAAUGUAUCCUAUAAAUAUGACUCGGAUAAUCAUACAAUCAUGUUGAAAUGGUUUAUUUAUCCAGCAUUUUUCCUAUUAUUAUUAAUUUUACCUCUCUUAAUGUUAAGAAAAUUAUUUUAUGAUUUUUUUUUGGGUAGACUUCAUUAAAAUAGGUACCAACGUAUAUGGGGAUAUGUUUAUUAUGAAUUCAUUUCGGUUAAAAAUGAGAUAAAAUUUUAUUGGGAGUUCAUUAAAAUGUAUAUAAGAGCUGGAGUAUGUUUGCUCUAUUGCUUAUUUGCUCAAGAGGUCUUAUAUAUGGUAAAAUAUUAUCUAUCUCAUUUAGGGUCUUUCAUCCUUGCUUUUGGUUCUGUUUUAUCUUUCAUUGUCCUAAUACUUUUAACCAUAUUAAAAUAGAAGACUUAAUAAAUUGGAUUAGGGCUCCUUUGUAAUGCUCUCAAUUUCUUAUAUAAUUAAAGCUGCUGUGAAUUCAAAUCCUGAAAGUGAAAAUCCUUAAUUAACAUUGGCUGGAUAGAUAUUUAUUAAUACUUUUAUGAUUCUUUUUUUCAUUUACUUUUUUUUCAUUAUUUUGGAAGAAAACUCUCACAUCAUAAAUCCUUGUAGAAGAAGAAUUAAUUAAUAGUUUCCAGGGCUUCUUCGAACGAAAAAUAUUUGUAAUUGUUGCAAUAUUGUUUCUAAAUAUAAUUGGAUACAAUUAUUGUUAAGAAAUUCUGAAGAGACUAAAAGUAAAUCUGCAGCACUCUGGAAAAUAGCUAUUUGUGCCGUAAAAGAGGCAAUAAAGGAAAAGAGAAUUAGUGAAUCUCCAAUUUUAAAAAUUAAAUAAUGGCACAGUUAAAAUCUAGUUCCGUAAGACGAAUAUAACUGAAAGUGAU